AUGGCGACCAGUUCCUUCUCCUCUCAAACGGACCCUGAAUACGACGCAACUCAGCAGUACGAUACGCCGAGCGAUAUACAAUCGGUGGAGGCACGCUGGAUUGCGGCGCUAGAGACCCCUUCCGUGCCUGACUAUGUAGGGCCGGGUCGCGCGACGCGUUAUCGUACUGUAGAUGACGGCCAGGAAGCGACAACUUCGGAUUUAGGCAAGCCCAGAUUCCUCCCGCUGGCCGAAUGGGACGAGCACAAUAGCUAUGACGAGGACAUACCAAGCUGGCUGCGCUACUCGAUCGAGUGGAAAGUGGUUGUGAACAAUAAAACGCUUUCCAAGGACACGGAGCAAGACGUAGUUCUAGCCCCUUCUGUAUACUGGCGUUUCUGCCUCAGGGCUAAGGUGGACAAGCUCCUGAGCAGAAAGCUGCCACACGGCAAACAUGUAAAGUGUGAUGACACCAGCGUCGUCGCGUCUGUGAACGAUCGUUCAGAGCGCGACUUGACUAAGAGGUUCGAUGACAUAGAUAUUGACUGGCCGCUAGUAGAGAGACAGCUGAUGCGGUGGGGUGAGCUACUCCGCUGUGGUAAGAAGCUCCGAGUAGACCUAUCAUUCAACUAUGUAGAGUUGGCACCACCAUCAGCAGCCGCGAGAAACCGUGGCAACAAGCGAGGCUCAUCCGCUACACAGAACAUGCUUGCUGACCGGGCUUCACAGCUCGAUGCAGAGCAGGAGACUAGUGCAAGCGCUUCCGUGUGGCGCGAAGUGUAUGCUUUGAUGCGGUGUCCUGGGCCGCCAUGCAACCGCGGGCCGCAUUGCUGGCGUGAUCCUCUUGGGAAGAAGCAUUACAAGCUGCAGACGCACCAUCUGAAGGCUUUGAUUCAACUUGUGGAGGAGGGCCAUAUUCUGCAUACUCAUAAUGACGUUCCCGAGGAUAUCCGUGAGCAGCUAUACGCCGAAGAAGAGCAACGGCGCGAUCGACAAGCUGCAGGCGGGGGUAUUUCUAGAACGAACAUCCCGCCGAUUACGAUCACAAACGUCUUGCCCCAACACCCUAGCCAGUUUCCCUCUACAAUGUCUACCUCUAGUGCACUAUAUUCCGAGGAACGAGCUUCUAGACGCGUAGAUCUAGGCAUUCCUGGUCCCCGUGAUUUAGCUGUUGUAGCCUACAGUCGAUGGCAGCAAUCCAACGUCGCCGACGAGGCACAGAAGAUGGAGUAUCAGAAAGCUUGUGAUAUUACCUUACAAGAGAUGCUCGACUUGGAGCAGCUGCACGAGGAUCAAGACUACGACUUCUUUAUCCAGAAUGGGGUCAAGAGAGGCGUAGCACGUCGAUAUGUCAGCGACAUUGGAAGAUGGGUAGAGCUGCACAAGUCAACAUACGACAGAGAGCAGGAGAGCUAG